UCCUUGAAAAAUUUUAUUUUACGGACCUAACUCAUCAUAACUCUACUGACUCUACUCUAUAAAUAAGUAGUUGUCUAUAUUUAUAAGAUGGCGGGUGAUGAAAGUGACAGUGAUCUAAAGCCAUCCAGUGUCGCGAUCAUCAGAGAAGUUUAUGAUAGUGAAAAUGCUCACAUCAAGUUUGAGAUGGAACUGGAAAGAGCACUGGAGGCCGGCGUUAGCGUUAUUGUGAUAGAACCAGAGCCACUUGGUGAAGAAACAGCACGUUGGAUAUAUGUAGGAAACCUCUUGCAUAAGGUAUCUGUUUACAGUGGACUCUGUAGCAUUACAUCAGGUCUUGUAUGGAGUUCAUUAGCUUGUGCACCGUUUGGCAUUGUGUCUGUACUAUGUGCAGGUUGCUACACAUUGUCAUGGCAGUGGGAUCCGUGUUGCAAAUAUCAAGAAGAAAAGAACCGCCGCCAUUUAUCCACAUUACCCAUGUUGAGUGAUCUAACAUCUGCAUCACCCGUUGUUCUGGUGCACACAGACAAUAAAAGAAAAAUUAUGUUACAUACAACAGUGUCUAUAACAGCGACAGCUAUAUGCUUAUGGAGACUAUAUAACAUUUUUAAAUAAAAAUAUAGUCUUGCAAAUAGCAUAAUAAUGGUGAUGAGCGUAUAUUUUGACUUUUGUCACUAAAUGCUCCAAUGAAAAGCAUAAAAUAUAUUAGUGCUUUCUAAUAAUGUUGUUUACGUUUGAAGUCUAAUGAUGUAAUUAUACAAAAUUAUGUAUAAUUUAUUGUAGGAUGCAAUGUAAAAAUGUUAUUAAUAGUAAAAUUAGUUUAAAGCUUGUACAAAAGAUAUUUUCUUGUAAUUUAAGGAUGCUUUUUAGUUAAUCAAAUGUGAUAGUGAAGGAUUCUGUUAAAAAGCAAGGUAAUGGUGAUCUCCAAUUAAUAAUAUCCUCACUGUUAUCAUGUAAUAAAACAAUGAUACAAUUUAA